AUGUCAGAAAACGAAGACGUCCACAAUGCUGUCAUGAUCGAUCUUGGUUCAGGAUGGACCAAAGUCGGAACGGUUGGCGCAGAUAAUCCUAGUAGUGUAUUUCCGACUGUGAUUGGUCGUGUCAACAAAGGACGUCUACAAAGUAUUCCCACUCUAAUGAUGGAUCGAGAAACGAUCGGAGAUGAGGCCGUCUGUCGUUCCUACAAUUCUCUCACUUAUCCGAUUCGACAUGGAAUCAUUAAAGAUUAUGAUCUCAUUGAAAAAGUACUUCAUCAUUGCUUUUUCAACGAGUUACGAGUCGCUCCCGAGGAGAAAUCUGUCAUUCUAUCGACUCGAACACUCACUCCAAAAGUUCAACGAGAAAAAUUAACACAAAUUCUUUUUGAGACAUUUUCAACGUUGGCAUUCUUUCUUGCGCAAUCUUCAGUGCUAAGCAUGUUUGCUUCUGGAAGAAAUACUGGAAUUGUUUUGGAUUGUGGAGAUGGUGUGACAAGUGUCGAAACCGUUUGUGAUGGUUAUCAGACCAUUCAUGCUUCAAAACGAAUGAGUUUGGGAGGAUGUGACAUUCAUGAAUAUUUAUCAAAGUUGAUUUUUCUCGAACGAGGUGUGGAAUUAACGACCAGUUCUGAACUCUAUACAGUUCAAAAAAUUAAGGAAAAAUUAUCGUAUGUGGCACUCGAUUUUGAUCAAGAAUGUCAAACAGCAGCAAGUUCGAUUGCAUUGGAAAAAAGUUAUGAACUUCCCGAUGGAAGUGUCAUGACUAUUGGACAAGAACGAUUCCAAUGCAUGGAAGCAUUCUUUCAACCAUCCAUGGUCGGACGUGAAGAUGCAGGUAUUCAUGAAAUGGUGUUCAAUGCCAUUCAAAAAUGUGAUUUGGGAGUGAGAGCUAAUUUUUAUGGAAAUAUCUUGUUGAGUGGAGGAAGUACUUGUUGUGAAGGAUUUCAAGAACGACUUACGAAAGAAAUGCAAAAUUUGGCACCUGAAACGAUGCGUGUGAAAGUGGUGGCUCCACCAGAAAGAAAAUAUUCAGCUUGGAUUGGAGGAUCGAUUUUGGGAUCUUUGACAUCGAUGGCACAAUUUUAUAUUUCUCGAGAGGAAUAUGAUGAAAAUGGACCUGCUAUUGUCCAUCGAAAGUGUUAUUGA